UCUCCUUUUGUACAAAACAUAUACGGAUUGGUAACAAAAUGACUUUGUUCAUACAUGUUUAACGUAUAUACAAUACCCUUCAAAACUGAAAUUUGUAAUUACGAAUAAAGACAUGUGUCUUUUGUUUAAUGACAGAAUGUCUUUCCUUUGACUUUGUAUAAUUGAUUAACAAUUCACUUGCAAACAAUCGAACAAAAUUAUAAAAACCUAAAAAAAAAUAAAUAAAUAAAUAAAUAAAUAAAUGAAGUAAAAAAUGUAUACUGGAUCAGACAUAUAUACAAUAUUACAAUGAUCCAAAUAAUGUAAUGUGCAAACAUGUAAUGUAUUAUCUUGCCUAAACAAAUAAUGUACACAUUAUAUAUCAAUUCACUUUACUAAUUUAGAUCCAAACACCCCAUGUAAUACAACAGAAAAAGAGUUUUAAGUAAUGGAGUUGAUUCCCACCAUAAAUUACACUUGGAAACUUUGUGUAAUAGCUAGUUUAUUUGGUUGUCUAUCCAUCUUUCUUUUCCUAACUGAAAAUUACCAAGAUCUAACGCUAUUUAUCGCUGGAAGCUCCGUCGUCGAAUUUAAACAAUUUGAUGUAGCAAAUACACCAAAAAAAACCAUUGUUUCCGAGCCUGAAAAUCCUAAUUUAUUGCUAUUUAGUUCAAAUAAUCCACCAUCUAUUGCUAACAUGAUAAAAAAACCAAAGUCAACUCAAGAAAAAAAAUGCAACAUGUUUGAUGGUAGAUGGGUUUACAAGCCAGAUCAAAAGCCUUACUAUGAUACAAAUACAUGUCCAUUUAUUGAAGAAAAGAUGAACUGCCAACAGAAUGGAAGGCUCGAUUUCGAGUAUGAGAAAUGGAGAUGGGAAGCUAAAGAUUGCGAAAUACCAUUGUUUAACGGAAGAGAUAUGCUUGAAAAGCUUAGAAACAAGAGGUUGAUUAUGGUAGGAGAUUCACUAAAUAGAAACAUGUGGGAGUCUCUCGCUUGCCUUCUAUAUACAUCUGUUCCAUCUUCGACCGUGGAUAUUGAUGCUAAUGGUUCAGAUUAUAAGGUGUUUAAGGCAAAGGAGUAUAACACUGUUAUCGAAUUUUAUUGGAGCCCAUUUUUAAUAGAAUUCGAUAAAAAUCACAACAGUGGGAAAAAUGUUCUAGUUUUAGACAAGAUUUCGCCCAAUUCAGAGCAAUGGCAAGGAGCUGAUAUUAUGGUAUUCAAUUCAGGGCAUUGGUAUACUCACACAAGAAAAUUGAAAGCGUGGGAGUUAUUUCAAUACAAAGGAAAAUUGUCGGAAACGAUGGCAGUAGACCUUGCUUAUGAUAGGGCCAUGAAAACAUGGGCAAAAUGGAUCGAAACAAACGUAAAUCCAAAGAAAACAAAAGUAAUCUUUAGGAGCAUUUCAGGACAACACACAAGUGAACCAUGGUGCUACAACUAUACCCAACCUUUCAAGGAUGAUUCCUUCGAAAACGCUUUCCCGAAAUCAUUGAUCAAUAUCAUUGAGAGCUUGAUCGAAGGAAUGAGUAAAGUACAAGUGAAGUACUUGAACAUAACCAAGCUUACUGACUAUAGAAUUGAUGCACAUUCUUCAGUGUAUUGGAGUAACUCGACAUGGAAGAUGGUUGCCAUAAAAUCUAAACAGUAUCUUUCGUCGUAUGCUGAUUGUAUUCAUUGGUGCCUUCCCGGAUUGCCGGAUACUUGGAAUGAAUUGUUAUAUGCAACUCUUUUCUUCGAUAUUUGAGAAACUAAAAUAGGUAUUGUUUUAAUGUAUGUUAAUAACAAUUUUAUUUUUUUAUUUUUUUUGUUUUUUUUUUUGGGUAGUGUAUCAAUGAAUUUUGUCAAUGAAAUUGGUACAUAAUUAAUUUAUUCAAUUACUACUUGCAUUAGUCUAGUUGGAUAUGAAAAAAAAAAUACAAGUUUAUUGUUAUUUGAAUGAUAUACAGUACUACAACACGGGGUGAAUUGUAGUAUGUUUCUAGUGCCUAAUUUUCUCGGAAUAUAAACUGAUCGCUAUUAGAAAGUUAGACAAUGUAAAACGGAUUUUACCAGGAAAUCAUCCAGGGCCUAAUUGGAAGUAAAACCUCGACCCUCUAAGGAUUUCAAACCAAAUAAAUCCAAUAUAAUAGGCCAAACACUCCUAUUUGCAACCUAUUACAAUUAGACCUUUCUCACAAGUUUCUACUCGAAAACUUACUACUUGAUAGGACCCUAUCCUACCCAGCCUAAGUCUCGAACUUAGAUUCACACAACACUCUUAAAGUACUAUUCACUUGGCCUCUCACUAGAAGAUCACUCGGCUGCACCUUAAAAGCUCACACUUUGCACUCUUAAAAUUAUCAUAAACGAGAAUUCUCACGA